AUGAGCAAGCUCACGUACCCCGACGAGCUCGAGGCCAUCAGCAACGCGCAGUGGAUGGAGCUCCACGGCGACCAGCUCGCGCGCGGCGGCGUCCCCCCGGCGCUGCACGCCGUCGUCGCGAAGAAGCUCAACGAGGAGCGCUUCGACGCCUUCGAGACCCUGGCCAUGGACGACGCGGAGGAGGACACGCGGAUCCUGCGGUACUGGGGCGAGCGACCGGUCGCCGCGUACGAAACCGCGUGGGUCGGCGACCACUGCCUUCGCUUCGGCCACCAGCGCGACGCCGACGGCGCGCUGAAGGCGCACCCGGGCCUGCGGCUCCGCUUCGGCUCCAUGGCGCACUGCGACGACGACGACGUGCUCGACCUGUGCGUCUGGCGCUUCGCGAAAGCUUUGCCGCGAGUAGUGAAAGGCCCGCCGACGUUCUACCUCGAGGACGAGCUCGGCUGCGCCUUCGACUACGACGACACGCCAAACGGCGACAAGCCCGGCCCGCGCAUGGGUUCCGCCGUCGUCGUCUGCCGGAGAUCGGGCGACUCGUUCACGGUCUACUGGCCGACGACGCCCCUGACGAAGGGCGACGCGCCCGUCCGCGACCCGUUCCCGGCCCACGCGCCCGGCGCGCGGCGCGACGCGCUCGUCGCGGCGCGCAACGCCAUGUACGGCGCGCGCAUGUUCCGGAGUAUUCUGACGCCCGAGGGCGGACCGUCCGCGAAAGACCGCUGGGCCGCGGCGCUCGCGGCGCGCGACGAGCAGACCUUGCAGUGGCGCGCCGCGGCGGAGGAGAAAACGGUCGAAAACGAGCCCGGCGCGCCGCGGCCCCGCGACGGCGUCGACGGCGCAGCGCUCAAGGUGUUCACGGACGCGGAUUGGGUGAAAAACGAGCUGCGGCACGCGGCGUUCGCGCUCGUCGACGACGUCGCCGCGGCGGACAUUGUUUUUGUGCACAGCGGCGGGGGCCAGUACGCGUCCAAAAUUACGAAGGAUCAGAAGGUGUCCUGGUACGCCUACGAGGCCGCGCUCAUCCGCAAGGACCAUCUGGCUUCCACGCUCCGCAUGGCGGGCCUCGAGGACCUGGCGCCGCGGCCGACCUUCGACCUCGAGACGGAGCUUGACGCGGCGUUGGGCGCCAUGGCCGCCGAGUACACGCCCCUGCCCGUGCCCGCGGAGGUCCCGGUCAACCCGUUCUACAUGCUCAAGCCCUACGACCUCGGCCGGUCCAUCGGCCACUGCUGCACGAACUCGAAGCACUGCGUGCUGGCCUACGCGGACGCCGGGGGCUACGUGCUCCAGCGCUACGUCGAGCGGCCCCACGCGCUGCCCGCGGCGCUCGGCGGGGCUCCCGGCCGCAAGUACGACGUCCGCGUCGUCGCGCUGCUGCGCUCGGCCUCGCCGCUGGAGCUCUACGCCCACGACCACGUCUACGUGCGCGCGGCGAACGAGGCCCACGACCUGGCGAAGCUCGACGACGUCGCCGUGAGCCUCACGGCCAUGCACCUCGUCGGCGCCGAAGCGCGGCACCCGAAGACGGCGGACUUCGUCGCGGCCUUCGACGCGGCCCACCCGGACCGGCCCUUUUGCGACGUGCUCGCGGACUGCCGGGACACGCUCCGCCGCGUCUUCGCCGCGGCGGCGGACCAGCACGCGGGCUUCCGGGACGCGUCGCCGACCGCGCGCGCGGCCUACGGGUGCGACUUCCUCCUCGACGAGGACCUCAAGCCCUACCUCCUCGAGAUCACCUUCGCGCCCGCGCCCCUCUGGUCCAGCGCCGACAUGCCCGAGGUCGUCCCCGGCGUCGCCGACGACAUCUUCGCCUGCCUCUUCCUCGGCGCCGGCGACCGCGUCACGCGCUGCUAA